GUCAGCAGCGGGAUGGCCGUAGCUGUGGCGGCGGCUGCAGGAGCCCGAGCAGCCGUGGCCGCAGUGGAGGCUGGAGCCCGAGCGGCGUCCGCGGUGGCACCCCGGGGAGUUUAAGAUGGCGGCGGGGGGGGCGGCGGGGCUGCGGGAGGAGCAGCGCUACGGGCUGGCGUGCGGGCGGCUGGGGCAGGACAACAUCACCGUGCUGCAUGUGAAGCUCACCGAGACGGCGAUCCGGGCGCUGGAGACUUACCAGAGCCACAAGAAUUUAAUUCCUUUUCGACCUUCAAUUCAGUUCCAGGGGCUCCAAGGGCUUGUCAAAAUUCCCAAAAAUGAUCCCCUCAGUGAAGUCCACAACUUUAACUUCUACCUGUCUAACGUGGGGAAAGAUAACCCUCAGGGUAGCUUUGACUGCAUCCAGCAAACACUCUCCAGCUCUGGAGCCUCCCAGCUCAAUUGCCUGGGAUUUAUACAAGAUAAAAUUACAGUGUGUGCAACAAAUGACUCCUAUCAGAUGACAAGAGAAAGAAUGACCCAGGCAGAGGAGGAAUCCCGUAAUCGAAGCACCAAAGUUAUCAAACCCGGUGGACCAUAUGUAGGGAAAAGAGUGCAAAUUCGGAAAGCGCCUCAAGCCACCUCAGAUGCAGUGCCUGAGAGGAAAAGGUCAACCCCCAUGAACCCUGCAAAUACAAUUCGGAAGACUCAUGGCAGCAGCAGUGUGUCUCAGAGGCCAUACAGGGACAGGGUCAUUCACUUACUGGCGCUAAAGGCCUACAAGAAACCUGAGCUGCUUGCCCGCCUGCAGAAAGAUGGUGUCAAUCAAAAGGACAAGAACUCCUUGGGAGCAAUUCUGCAACAGGUGGCCAAUCUGAAUCCUAAGGACCUCUCCUAUACCUUAAAGGAUUAUGUGUUUAAGGACCUGCAGCGAGACUGGCCGGGUUAUAGUGAGACAGACAGACGCACACUGGAAUCGGUUCUCUCCAGGAAGCUCAACCCGUCUCAGAAUGCUGGUACUAGCCGGUCAGAGUCUCCCAUGAGUUCCAACAAAGAUGCUGCCUCAUCUCCUCAGAAACGGCCAUUGGAUUCCGAUUUCAUUGAUCCUUUAAUGAACAAAAAAGCUCGAAUAUCUCACCUGACAAACAGAGUCCCACCAACAUUAAACGGCCAUUUGAAUCCCACCAGUGAAAAAUCUUCUGCAGGCCUCCUACCGCCCCCUGCAGCUGCAGCCGUUCCCACGCCCUCACCACUGCCUUCACCCCACCUGCCUGUCUCAAAUCCUCCUCAGACUGUAAAUUCCAACUCCAAUUCCCCUAGCACUCCAGAAGGCCGGGGGACUCAAGACCUACCUGUGGACAGUUUUAGUCAAAACGGUAGCAUUUUUGAGGACCAGCAAGACAAAUAUACCUCUAGGACUUGUCUGGAAACCUUGCCCCCUGGCUCAGUUCUGCUAAAGUGUCCAAAGCCUAUGGAAGAAAACCAACCAGUGUCUCACAAGAAGUCCAAAAAGAAGUCUAAAAAACACAAGGAAAAGGACCAAAUAAAAAAACACGACGUUGAGACAAUGGAGGGAAAGGAAGAAGACUUUCAGAGAGAAGAACCUGCCAAGCUGCGGAGCUCCAGUCCGAACCCCGGUGAAGGAGUUAAAGAAGGUUGCACUGCCUCCAUGGAGCCUUCAACAAUUGAACUCCCAGAUUAUUUGAUAAAAUAUAUUGCUAUUGUCUCCUAUGAGCAGCGCCAGAAUUACAAAGAUGACUUCAAUGCUGAAUAUGAUGAGUACAGAGCUCUGCAUGCCAGGAUGGAGACGGUAGCCAGAAGAUUCAUUAAACUGGAUGCACAACGCAAACGCCUUUCUCCAGGGUCAAAAGAGUACCAGAAUGUUCAUGAAGAAGUCUUACAAGAAUAUCAGAAGAUCAAGCAGUCCAGUCCCAAUUACCAUGAAGAAAAAUACAGAUGCGAGUAUCUUCAUAACAAGCUGGCUCACAUCAAAAGACUAAUAGGUGAAUUUGACCAACAGCAAGCAGAGUCAUGGCACUAGAACUCUGCUUGAACCAGAAGAUGUGAAUAAACUUAAACUUAUUUAUUUAAAAUUCCAGAUGAGUUGCUCUAGAUUCUAAAGGAUGAGACUUGCUUGUGGAAGCUUCAGUGUUAGUGAACUUGAGUUCCUUUUUUUCUCUUCACUCUACUUUGCUUCCCUGAAUUGUGAAGCUGCUUUCUUUUUCUCGUUCUCCUCCCACCCCAGAACUUGUUUGUUAAUAGAAGCAAUGUUCUAGAUAUUGGGGAUCCAGUGUCUAUACUUCAAAUCAAUUUUUCCUUGAAAACUUGUGUUUGUCAUUAGAGAUGAUUUUUUUUUUUAGGUAUCAGGGAUGCAGUGUCCACACUUGAGUUGCUUGUGUUUAAACACAACAGUAAUGUGCAAGGUGAAGUGCUUUUCACAAGCCUAUUUUCUGACCUUUCCUAAUGCGAACUCUUUGCCUUAAAUGGUAGGAUAUUUAGACAUUUGCACAAAAUUUUAAAAAAAAAUCAUUGUUUUGGAGGGUUGAAAAAUAGAAAGUUGUGUGAAUGUGUGUGUAGUUUUCUAUGCACGUACAUGCAUACAUACAUGCGGGCUGACUGGCUCAAGAGUGUUAAAUCUGCCCUGCAAGUUAAACCCCCCAUUGCAAUGGCUGCCUUAAGGUGUUUGCUCGUGUGUACCUUGUGUGGUUAAUCAGUAGCUACACUGCUUCCCUGUGCUAACAGCCAUGGGAAGUACACUGUGGCCUACCAUGUGUGUUCAGCUUGUAUGUCUGCAGAACUGAUGUGGAUGUGAGCUGCAUGAAGGUAAAGAGCUGAUACUCAGUAGGCCAGGCGCUCAGGUUAAACAACUGAUGAGUGUUACCGUAGGUUGUUGAUGUUUGUUUGUUUGUUUGCUUCUGUCAAAUUGCUACUUCUAUUGUGGAAGACAAAAAGCAUUUCCAUUUCAACAGUUUGUCAGCUUUAUUAAUGUUGGGCAAAAAAUUUAUAUGUUAAAAAUGAAGCAGAACUAUAGUUUUGGGGCAAAAUGAUAAAAUUAAAUGUGUAGGUAACCUAUUUAUAUACUGCUAUAAAGUAUUUUUGGAAAGAGAUAUGCAAAGAAGCUAUUACCUACAUCAGAUGUAUAUUUAAAGAUUUUUUUUUCAUCCUGGAUACCAGGAAUAUAAAAAAGAGUAGAAUAUUUAACCAUAACAUACUGUGAUUCAUCAGACAGCACAAACUUUCAUUUCAUGGAGUUUAUCUGUUAACGUUGAUUUAAACUAUCUCUUGUCUUAUCAUGUGGGAACGUAAGUUAUGUGGUCAAAAUAUAAGGAGUUUGAACUAAUGUUGAUUCAGGUUGUAUUGUCUUGUAUCGUCUUUUCAAAGUGCUGCCGGUUGAAAAGGGAAGCAUUAUGUUUACAAAUCUGUUUUGAAAUGUUUGCCAAAAUUUUGGUAGUAUCUUUAAUAAAGAUGUUUGUCUCCAGCAUCCGAAAAAAAAAAGUGAGUAACUUUGUUGUGUCUCACUGUAAACUAACAAUGUUAGUACUAAGGUCAUAUGGCAGAAUCUGUUGACAAACUUUCUCCUCUGGAGUUUUUCUGAAACAUUAACUGGAAAGACCGGCCAACGUACUAGCAGUGCAGAGGCCUUCUAAGCACUGAGACCACCUUUCAGUCUGCAACUCAGAUGCCACUGCACAAAUUCCGUUUCUGUGUAGCAUGGUCCUUCUAGAG